AUGGGAGAAGUGGGGGUGGAGGGUUCGAAGGAUCAGACACCUGGAGAUCAGAGUUCGGAGGGCGAGGACUCUCACGAUGAGGAGAACGGCGACAUCUCGGCAGACCAUGGGCAAGAAGAGUCCUUGCCACCGGAACGCAUCGUGCUGGUGGUGAUGAUCUGUGUCAUCCAGGGAUACACACUUGUGGGCCCCCUGCAGCAUGCGUUCAAGCAGUCUUUGCACAUCAGCGAUGACAGCCCCAAUGGACGCAUCUUUACCCAGGCUGCUGCGCUCGUCCAGUGGUUCAAGUGGAGUAUGACACUGGCGCAAAACUUCUUGUUACAGUGUCUUUCUGUCAAGGCGCGUGUCUAUCUGUCAAUGGUAUGUAUGAUGCUGGGUUGCUUGAUCCCACCCGUCUUCAUAUACUCGCUCGGGCACUUGUGGAUUGGAUGGGCAUUUCUGUCCUUCGGCCUCGUCGGAAUGUCGCUGGGGGUCUUUGAAGUUGCCUACCUCAACGUGAUCACCCCACUCGGACCUUUGACAAAGUCCUGGGCGAUCAUUGGCUUCCCGGCAUCGUUUGCAAUUAUUAAUGUGAUAGGAUUCACCCUUGUCUCUUUCGGCAUGCCUGUCGCCGUCCUGUUUUGGUACAUUGUUCUGUGCAUGCCUAUUGGGCUUAUCAUCUUUGCGAAGCGGAUCGUCCCUAAGCUCCGUGACGGAUCUGUGGAGUCGGGACCAGCGGCCAGUGGGCAUGUGCUCAAGAGCAACAAGCAGGCAAAAGUGUGGAAUUCUGUCCGGCAUUGGUAUUCAUGGGUGCCAGUCUUGUGCCCAUACAUCCUUGCGCACUUCGUCACGGACUUUGUAAUGGAAGGUGCUCUUCCUGCCAAUUUCAACACAUUCAACUCUGACAAGGUACCACUCUUCGGACCGACAGAUGACCACCUCAUGGAUAAACACCGCUUCUUUGUGGUAUUCUUCGUUUUCGUUGGGCUGAGUGAUAUGGCGAGCCGUCGCUUUGCGUACUGCUUUGCUUUGGAUACCUUAUUCAAGAACAUUGUUGCCUUGUGCUUUGGUGUGACAUGCAGUGUACUCGGCAUGUGUCUCACAAUCCUUGGGAUUGGAGCAGUCAGCUGGGCCUCUGCUGCGCUGACUUUCUUCGGUCAAGGAUUCAACUAUGCUGUGGCUUCCAAGUCCAUCGACAAGUUCAUUCCAAGGGAGCACAACCUAGCAGCAUACUCCCUUUGGAUGUUCAUCGGGAGUGCCGGUGCCAUAGCAGGUAGCACUCUUGUGGAUCACAUCAGGUUCUGGAUUUGUCGAGGGGAGGUCUAUACCCACCAAUGUUUGGACCAUGUCCAUGGACACUAA